AUGUCGGCACCUAAAGAGCCAAUUAGUGGCCCCACCAGACCGCAAUUACUAUUACAACAACAAUUAUUACAACAACAACAACUAGUACCAACAUCGUUGUACGAGUCGUCAGCAUCAGCAUCGUCGUUUUUUAAUAAUUUUUUAACAAACACCAACAAUUUCAUUAACAGCAACAUUACGCAAUCACGUUCACCACUCUAUCAGCAACAACAACAGCAGCAAUUACAAUUGCAACUGCAACAGCAGCAGCAACAAGACUCAUCAACAACGCCGCCAACAUAUUAUAAUUACAAUUAUAAUUAUAAUCUACAGCAACAGCAGUUGCAGCAACAAUUAUUGCAGCAGCAACAUCAUCACCAACAACUGUACAAUCCAUUCUACAGUCAGCAACAUCUGCAGUCGGCAGCAACACCACCACCACCACCGUCGUAUUACCACAAAUCGUUGUUUGGCAGUAGCAUUAGUCCGGGCAGUUAUUUGGGCGAUACAGCGACAGCAACAGCGGGCUUUGGUUUGGGCCUAAGCGGACUGGGACUGGGAGGAUUAAGUGCAGGCUUGGGUGGAGGAGGAGGAGGUGUUGGUUACACCCCCUUAGGACGUAGCUAUCGUUAUUAUAAGCAACACGCCUCAACAGGUCUUGGAGGCAAUAGCAGUUACAACGGUUAUUAUAGUUUAAGUUUCGGGGAGAGUUACUAUCCCUUUCAAUCGAGUGGCGGAGGAGGAGGCGUAUCAGGAGGUGGAGAUUAUUUUGGGCGCAUAUCACCAGCGGCGGCUCAUACGGGACCUCUGCUAGCCACUUCGGUUUCAGAGCCUCGCAGUAGUUUACUAAAAUUACCCCCGCCACAACCACCACCAUUGCUGCCACCCCUAGAUGACGAUCUGCAAGUAAGCACAGAGCCCUACUUGUCUACCUAUUCGUCAAGGCCUAUAGAUUAUAUACCCUCGCCACCGGCCUCCUUGCGAAGCGAUACUUACGCCUAUAGACCACGACGUCAGCGUGAUACAGGCGGUCGUUAUUCAGCUACCGGUUAUUAUACCAGCCGACAGAGAAGUCGUGGAUUUAGUCCCAUUAUAGACUGUGAUCGUUAUAGGGAUCGUGAAUUUGUGGGUCGUUCUAGAUUACGCACGAAUAGCUUGCAAAGUAACUGCAGUCUAGGAAGAUCUUCGUUUACGGCCAUCGAUCGUUUGUCACCCGUAAGAGUGGGUGCUUCGCCGCGUUCCUUGAGAAGAGAGAAAUAUUUAUCUCCUUGUGGGAGUCCUAAAUACAGCAGCAAAACGUCGUCCCUACAACCAACCAACGCCCACGAAUCACAAUAUCAUACACAAGCAUACGAUACAUCAUCGUCCAAUACCGCCGGCGCCGGAACAGUAACAUCCAAAGCAUCAUCAGCAGCAGGCGCUUUAACACAUACGCCGCCUCAUUAUCCGCAUAAUACCUCCUCACAAACCUCCUCCAGCCAUCACCAACAUCAGCACUCACAUCAUCAUCAACAUUUGCCCAAAUUGGAGCAACCACAACCGUAUCAGCCCUACAACACCGAACAAACGCCCAGCAAUAGCACAUAUCACGCCCAUAAGAGGACUCAUAAAACCUCCACAGAUCCUAGGGAUUAUCAUCAACAAACUACUCCACAAAGACAACAGCAACAGUAUCACUAUCAAGAUCAACAGCAACACCAGCAGCAGCAACAACAACAGUUCCACACAACCAGCAGUACCAGCAACAUUUACUCCACACGCUCAACACCCGGAACGUCAUAG